CGAACGUGACUGAAGAUGUUGGCGUGCACGGAAAUGAUAACAAUGUGUCUCCAAUCGGCGAAGCGCGAGCACCUUCGCUCCAAGCAACAGCAGCAGCAGCUGCAGCAAAACACCGUCCACGGACUUUCCAUUUUUCACGACAUUUUCCGGCGUGCAGACAAAAAUGAUGAUGGUAAGCUCUCAUUCGAGGAGUUCAAGGCUUACUUUGCAGACGGGAUCCUCACAACCAAUGAGCUACAGGAACUCUUCUACUCCAUCGACGGCCGACAGACUAACAGUCUCGAUACAGACAAACUCUCAGAUUAUUUCUCUCAGCAUCUGGGGGAGUACCUUAACGUGCUGUCAGCUCUAGAGAAACUCAAUGUUGCGAUCCUAAAGGCGAUGGACAAGACUAAAGAGGAGUACCAGGGCUCAUCUGUACUGGGGCAGUUUGUGACACGUUUCAUGCUCAGGGAGACGUCCAAUCAGCUGUUGUCUCUCCAGAUGUCCUUACAGUGUGCAAUGGAGGCUGUGGAGGAGGAGAGCAGCCCUGCCCGUAAUGAAGUGAAGGUUCCAGAGCAUCUCUCCGUGCAGAAAAACAACAGGAGAUGUGGCCGCAGAGUUCAGAAGAACCUGUGUCUGUCACCAACAGACCCGUACUCUGGCAUCCUUACUACAGGCGUUACCGUGGAUACAGAUGAACACUGGUGUUCUCAGAUCAACAGGCUUCAGCAGCUCAUUGACAAACUGGAGUGUCAAAGUCCAAAGCUGGAGCCCCUUAAGGAGGAUCCCCUGGCUAGUACAUACAAAUCUAACAUUCUGCUGGUGCAGAGACAGAUGAUGGUGAGAGAGGGAGAUUUAGAGGAAUUCCAGAAGGCCCUGAAAAGCUACACAGACUCCACGACCAACCAGAGCAACAACCUCCAUGUGUCCAUCCAGAAGCUCCCAGAGAAAUCUUGCUACAUAAUGUAUGAGUUUUGGCAAGACCGCAUCUCCUGGAUGAGCUAUCUGCAGUCUGAGGCCAGUAAGACUUUCCAGCGUUGCAUUAUAGACAUGCUGGAGGAUCCAGAGCUGGUCUCCACCAUGCUACUGCCAGCUUCUUGGUGGAUUAUGACAAAUAACUAA